AUGGUUGCAAUUCAUGAAAAAGAAGACACCCAUAGAUGUGCUAUUGCAGAGGGAUCAAUCAAGUUCAGCAACCCAGAAUCGAUGAAAUUGCUGCUAUCAGAAAGCAACAAGAAGGGAGAUGUGAUUUCAAUCGCAAGAAUCGCAGGGAUAAUUGCUGUGAAGAAGACCGCAGAGUUGAUUCCUCUCUGUCAUCCAAUCAGCAUCACUGGAAUCAAGGUUGAUCUGAUUCACGACGAGAAAGAGAACUGCAUCAAAGUAAACUGUGAGGUGCACUGUAAUGGGAAAACCGGCGUCGAAAUGGAAGCAUUAACGGGUGCGACGAUUUCGUUGCUUACCGUUUAUGAUAUGUGCAAAGCUGUCGACAAAAUGAUGACGAUUAGCGAUUGUCGAGUUGUUAAGAAGUCAGGAGGUAAAAGCGGUGACAUAGAUCUAUCAACCAUCUUCAAAUAG